AUGCCAGAUAUUAUAAAUCUGUUCCAAAAAAGAAAUGCGCGCUUCAACAAAAUCACUAAAAUUACCAACAAAGAUUUUGCAGAUAUUGCUACACUUAUAAGAAUUGACCUGACUGGCAAUCUGAUCUCUAAAAUAGAAGAUGGAGCCUUUUCAAAACUCAACCAGCUUGAGGAACUAACACUAGCUGAGAACAAGCUGGCCAAACUGCCAAUGCUGCCGGCUAAACUUGUGUCUCUCAAUGUCAGCGACAAUGUCCUUAAAACAAAGGGAGUAAAAGCAAACAUUUUCAAGAAACUCACCAGGCUGGUAUACCUGUACCUUGGAGACAAUGGGCUGGAGGCCGUCCCGCCACUGCCAGAAAGCCUGUGCAUAGUUCAUCUGCAUAACAACAACAUAACAUCACUGACAGAUGACACGUUCUGCAAAGGAAAUAACACGAACUACAUCAGGUACAACAUGCAGGAGGUUCGGCUCGAUGGAAACCCGAUAACGUUGGCCCAGCAUCCCAACAGCUUCAUCUGUCUGAGAGCUCUACCAAUUGGACACUACAAGUGAUCUGCUGAGAAGAAGAAAAUGUUCCUUAAGCCACCGGCCAACUGGCAACCACUGUUUGGAUGUUGGACAGCACAUUCACAAAGAUUUAACAGCAUAAUAAAUGAUUUUGGACUUUUGAGGGCAUCAAGCAUUUAGACAUUAAGAUGCAUAUACAGACAAUAACUUUUUUACAAUGUAAUCAUUUUGUUAUAUUUUGCUAAUGGUUUUGCAACUAAAAACUGCAAAAAAGACUGCAGUAAAUUCAUGAGGCAGAACGUCUAUAAACUUAUAGACGAAUGGGAAAUGGGAAAAAGAUAUUCAGUGCAACAGAUAUUUACUGUUACUGACAUCCAGUGCUGGUAAAUAAAUUAAUUUUGACAUAUUUGCUGGACUUAAUCUUCAUAAACUCGUAUAUAAAUGCACAAAGUAGCCUAUGCAUUACAACUAGGGCUGCACGAUUAAUCGC